UUGAAGAAGGAUGGCAGGUUUAGUUAACGUGUACAUUUGUGGUUCGCAAAUGUUUCAAAACCAACAUGGCCUCUGUUGGUUUAGAGUGAGUAAGAAAUGAAGAAAUUGUAGAGAAGGGUCUGUGGUAUAUCUAUGGAUAUUUCGGCCAUGGCCUCUGUUCAUCUCAGAGCUCACAAUCUUUUGGCAAGGAACCCAUAUGGAAGAUCAUGUUUUCAUCGACCAUUGGCGGCCAAACUCCAGAAAAAUUUCAAAAUUCAAGCAAAUAUUGAAACCAAAGUCGCAUCUUCCAGAACCCAGAGAAUAAUGGAGGGCAUAUCAGUUACAGGGGAAGUUGGUGGUGCUGGUGGAGCUUAUUCAUACAACGCAUUGAAGAGGUUGGAUCAAAUUUGGUCCAGAAUUUGCUCUGACCAAGAAAUACCUGAAGCUGCUCAAGAAGUCGUUCGUCGUGUAUCUGGUGCAUUUAGCCGUUCUGAUUUGGAAGAGAAAGCCAUCGACACAUUUGAUGUGUUGGUGUGUGGAGGUACUUUGGGUGUCUUCAUAGCAACAGCAUUGAGUUUGAAGGGGCUCCGUAUCGGUAUAGUCGAAAGAAAUGUUCUGAAAGGGAGGGAACAAGAAUGGAACAUUUCAAGGAAAGAGCUGUUGGAACUCGUUGAAGUUGGAGUUAUAACAGAAGAUGAAAUUGAACAAGCUACAGCAAUGAAGUUUAAUCCUAACAGAUGUGCAUUUGAAGGGAAAGGCGAAAUCUGGGUUGAAAACAUUCUCAAUCUUGGUGUCUCACCAGAGAAGCUUAUAGAGCUUGUGAAGAAACGUUUCAUUUCCCUAGGUGGAGUCAUCUUUGAGGGAUGCAACGUUUCAAGCAUUUGCAUAUAUGAUGAUACGACUGUGAUGCAACUUUCUGAUGGGAACAUUUUAUCCUCCCAACUCACUAUCGAUGCAAUGGGGAAUUUUUCACCCGUGGUGAAACAGAUAAGACGUGGGAGGAAGCCUGAUGGUGUUUGUUUAGUUGUUGGAUCUUGUGCUCGUGGAUUUAGAGAUAACUCGACUAGUGAUGUAAUUUACAGCAGCUCAUCCUUAAGAAAGGUUGGGAGCUCAGAAGUUCAACUUUUCUGGGAGGCAUUUCCAGCCGGGUCUGGUCCGGUAGAUCGAACUACUUACAUGUUCACAUACAUCGAUCCUCAACCAGGAUCGCCAAAACUUGAAGAACUUUUAGAAGAAUACUGGGAUUUAAUGCCAAAAUAUCAGGGAGUCUCUCUUGAUGACUUGAAGAUAUUGAGAAUUAUAUAUGGCGUCUUUCCUACUUAUCGUAACAGCCCGCUGCCAGCUGCUUUCGAUCGUGUCCUUCAGUUUGGAGAUGCAAGUGGCAUUCAGUCACCUGUUUCAUUUGGUGGCUUUGGAAGCUUGACUAGGCACCUUGGGAGGCUGUCAACUGGCAUAUAUGAAGCUGUAACCGAAAACUUCCUCGACUCCAAUAGCUUAUCACUGUUGAAUCCUUACAUGCCAAAUUUAAGUAGUUCAUGGUUGUUUCAAAGAGCUAUGUCAGCAAAGCAACGAUCAAACAUUUCUCCAUAUUUCAUCAAUGAGCUUCUUCAUGUAAACUUUCAGAGUAUGCAGAGAUUGGGGGAUCCAGUGCUAAGACCAUUCCUUCAGGAUGUUGUACAGUUUGUACCUCUUACCCAAACCCUAGGUCUAGUUAUGUUAACCAAACCUCAACUUCUUCCAUCAAUAUUCAAACAGGUUGGCAUCCCGGUGCUGCUUGACUGGUUUGGGCAUUUUGGCAUGCUUGGCUACUACACGUUUCUCUCGACAUUUGUCGAUCCAAUUGUAAGGUCAUUCCUAAGUUCAUUAACGCCAAAGGAGACUUUUGAGUGGAAACGACGACUUGAGGCCUGGAAGUAUGGAGCUGGUUUAGAUUACAAGCUAUGAAGAACAAGUUUGAGAAAGAAACAGGGAGUUGGAAAGUUCUAUAUAUCAACAUCGAUCUUACGUAUUAGUAUUACUUAGCUAGCAAACAGUAACAUUAAAUACUCCAUCUAUAAAGAUGGGAAUAAGAAAAUGAUACUCUAUUAUUUACAGAUUUACACUAGAUAAACAAAAGAAGGUCAAAAAAAUUGUGCAGUUUAGUUGGGAGUCUUGGCACCCAAAAUCUUUGAGAGUUCCUUUAUGAGAGGCUUCUCUUUGA